GAACAAGCACAAAUCUGCGGAUUGCGUAGUACUCGAGCAGGGAUGCUCGAUCGUCUCCUGCUGUUUUAGGAGUAGUCCCUUGGAAAUGUAAGAAGCAUAUCGGGCGCGGAGCGUGAAGUCGUGCUCGCAAUUCCGCGGGCCGGAAAACGCAUCGGCAAGAAGAUGUAAAGUAUGUGCAUAACAUCCAGGUCUGUCAGUAUGUAAAUGCGCCGUCCUAGGUUUGGGUUUAAGGUCACGCUAACUGUUGAAACAACGUGGUUGUGGACUUGCGCGAGCUGCAAGAAGACGCAUCCCCGGGCCUUGGAUCCCCUGACAAAACUGCACUUCGCUCGCGGGCCCCGAAAACGGUCGCGGUUUGUUAGCUGCGUGUCAACACUCGGCCGUGCAUACCGCCUCGUAGACCGGAUGCCUGAUCUGGCCAAUUGCAGAGACCCCAAGUUCCCUGGAUUCGGGAUAAGACCGUUAGGAAGCAGAGAGAUUGCUCUUUGUUUAUGCGUUAUGGUUAUUCCUUUCCGCUUCCAGAAUUGGGAUAUCCGUUACUCCAUUCCUACUGUAUGUACGGAUUUCGCUGUUUCGCAUGAUUCCGAUGACCGGGCAGGGCCAUUGGACUUUGUUUCCGCGCCGCACAUAGGAUCUUCACCCCUGAGUCCUGUCACACAUGGUUUGGUGACGAUGAAAAUGCUGACAUGCUGCACUCCUUCUGCAAGUAUAGAAUGGGACUUUCGACGGAACGGGCCGGCCUAGUUAGGAAGGAGAGCAGAAAAGAACGAAGAUUUUCCCGCUUCUCUUGCUCUAGGUAUUCUGGUCUUACCUUUCCUCUUCUCCGUUCCUUGUUCUUACGGUAUUUAGUCAGCUCCCCUGCUCUUUAUGCCUUCGGGGAGUCUUCACGGAUUUUACAGAUUUCCAUAUCCAGGAAUCCACCCGUCCACGAAAAGUCACAUAUCCGAAAUAUCCCUUUACUUACAACCCCCUUGCUCUGACACGGCCCGGGCGUUGGUUCAAUCUAGAAUUUUCUCGG